AUGGCCAUUCGAGUGUUGCUCCUUGCAGGAGCUCUCCUGGUCCUUGCAUGCUCGCAUGGCGCCACGGCCUCCGACCCUAGCCUUCUCCAGGACUUCUGCGUUGCCGACAAGACGUCUCCAGUGCAUCUCAACGGACUGGCUUGCAAAGCGGCAAAAGAGGUCGUCGUCGAGGACUUCUACUUCUCCGGUCUCCACGUGGCCGGCAAUACAACCAACAAGCAGGGCUCUGCGGUGACCGCCGUCAACGUCGCGCAGAUCGGUGGGUUGAACACCAUGGGCGUCUCCCUCGUCCGCAUAGACUACGCGCCGUUUGGCCUCAACCCUCCCCACACCCACCUGCGUUCCACCGAGAUUUUGACCGUGCUGGAGGGCUGCCUACACGUCGGGUUCGUGACAUCGAACCCCGAGAACAAGCACUUUGACAAGGUUUUGAACAAGGGAGAUGUGUUUGUGUUUUCUAAGGGCCUCGUCCAUUACCAGUACAAUAACAUGACGAGUAACGCGGUGGCCAUUGCGGCGCUGAGCAACCAGAACCCUGGAGUGAUCACGAUAGACAACACGGUGUUUGGAGCAGAGCCUUCCAUCCCGGCUGGUAUUACUACCAAAGCCUUCCAGGUUGAGAAGAGCACGGUGGAUUGGAUCCAAGCACAGUUCUAA